AUGGGGAAACUGUGCCUAAAGAGAGGGACACGUGCCCGGCGGGGCCGGCGUCCGGGUUUUUCUGCUGGGCUCCAUCACCUCCUCCUAAGGAUGCAUCCCGACUUAUCUCCACACUUGCACACUGAAGAGUGCAACACCUUGAUAAACUUGCUUGAGGAAUGUCACAAAAAUCACAGCUUUCUGAAAUUUUUUGGUGAUUGCAAUGAUCUUGAUCGAGAGAUGAGAAAAUGCUUGAAGAAAGAGUACAUGGAAAAGAGGAUCAAGAGCAGGGAGCAUGGUAAUGCGAUGCAAAAGAGACUAUUUCUUCAGAGGAUUCUGACAAAUAAAUUGUAUUUUCACUGGAUGCACACAAGCCAUGGAAAGAUCCAGAAAAGCCUGGAUUCUGACAGUGUUGGUAAAGCCUUUAGUUCUCUCCAGCAUACUUGA